AUGUUUGAAGUCGCUAGUUACAGAAUAGAGCAUGUGUUUGACGAAGUAUUUAGUAUAACAUCAAAAAGAUGUUGUCCAUAUUGUGCAAAAAUAAUAGGCGCUAUUCACAUUCACAGGAGAGCUACGCAAUUCGUCGAGUUUUUAAGAUCUGGCUUUGUUAUUUCAUAUUUUUUCUUACUUUGUUUGGGAGUUAUUUCUUUAACUGCUAAUUUACUUCGUCUCUUUUUAGCUACACAAUAUCUAUCCAAUUUAGAAGAAUGUAUUACCGCCAUAUUAUUCGUUCUUGGUCAUAUUUGUUAUAUAUUUUUUGGCAAUUACACUAGCCAGAAACUAAUAGAUCAGAGUACAGAUGUAUUUUACAAAAUAUAUGUGUCACAAUGGUAUAACGCACCACUCCAUGCACAAAAGUUAUUAUUAUUUAUGAUGCAACAAACCAUUAAAGGUACUGCCAUAUCCGUGGGUGGCAUAUUUAUCCCAUCGUUGGAAGGUUUUGCAACAAUCUUCAGUAUGUCAGUUUCAUACUUUACAGUAAUUUAUUCUAUUGUCUAA